AUGUCGACUCAGUGCCUCUUGCUCGACAAGAUGCCCGCAGAGAUCCGCAAUCGCAUCUACGAGUACGCCUUCGCCCCUGACGAUGACAAGGAAGUCGAAUUGGCUGAUGGUACUCCACCCACGAUUGAUCUCGUGCUCGCCAACCGCCAGAUCCACAACGAAUCGAUCGGCCUCUACGCGCUUGCACAUCUCGAUUACUUCCGCAACACCAACUUCUGCAUCAGCCGCGAGCGCGGCCCUUUCAUCAAGCCGACGAUACACUCGAGCUUGUGGACAAGCGCGGUGGUUGGAAACACACCAGCAUAUCGUGGAAAGGGGUCUGUACCACGGUGCGGUUCCUCACGUUAG